UCGUGACGUCACAGGGGCUCAGGCUCGUCCAGACUGUGUCCGGUCGCUCUUCUUCCCCUGGAUUCCCCUCUUAUAUGUGAGCAGAGGGCGGUGUUCUGGUACAGAUCCGCUCUAACGGAGUUGAGCGUCCACGCCCACGGGACAGGAGGAGGAGCAGGGACGCUGACAGGCUGCUGUGGGAGGGGCCUCCUUUCUGCUGCUGCGCACACUGACCAGGUGACCAGUGAGGAGGUGAGCAGGCGACCAGGUGAGCAGGCGACCAGGUGAAGGCCCGGGACGUGGCUGCAGAUGGGGAACAGCGCUCUGAAGUCUCACCUGGAGACCUCCCAGAAGACGGGAGUGUUCCAGCUGACGGGGAAAGGCCUGCAGGAGUUUCCAGAGGAGCUGCAGAGGCUCACCGCCAACCUGAGGACCAUGGACCUGUCGGGCAACAAGAUCGAGGCUCUUCCUGGCUCCGUUGGAAACUUUGUGCAGCUGAAGAGCCUGACCCUGAACUCCAACCGGCUGACCGGGCUUCCCGCUGAAAUUGGAAAGCUGAAGAAGCUGGAGACGCUGAGUGUGAACGGGAACCUGAUCAAACAGCUGCCCCCUAGCGUGGGUCAGCUCAAAGCCCUGCGGACCCUCUGCCUGGCCGGGAACCAGAUCUCAGAGUUCCCCACGGGCCUGGGAGUCCUGAGGCAGCUGGACAUGCUGGACCUGUCCCGGAACAAGAUCCAGAGCGUCCCCACGGCGGUGUCCGAGCUGCAGGCCAUCGAGAUCAACCUGAACCAAAACCAGAUCUCGUCCUUGUCGGUGGAGGUGUCCCGCUGUCCCCGUCUGAAGGUUCUCCGUCUGGAGGAGAACUGUCUGGAGCUGGCGUCCAUCCCUCACUCCAUCCUGUCCCAGUCCCAGGUGUCCCUGUUCUCCGUGGAGGGAAACCUGUUUGAGGUGAAGAACCUGCGGGACCUUGAGGGAUACGACAAGUACAUGGAGCGCUUCACGGCCACCAAGAAGAAGUUUGCCUGAAGGUCCUGGACAGAAGUCCGGAUCUCUGAUGGCCCUCACUCCCGGCACCAGCUGAUGCUUCUCCUUCUCCUGCUACGACCCGGACAUCAGGCAGUGGAGCUGGGUCUUCAGGACCCUCAGAGUCUCCAGUCCCCUCAGUCCUACACGGACAGAUGGGACACUUGUACAGGGACAGCUCUAGAUGCUUCAGAACCUCUGCGUUGCAGCCAGACUUCAGGGUAGAUUUAGUCGGCGGCUCUGAUCCAGAGGAACACAAGGGUUCAGCUCCGGUUCUGCUACCCAGCGGUUCUGAGCCUAGUCUGGACCCGUCCUCCCCCCUGCAGCCAUUCUCCUACCACCUUAGAGGGCUGCCUCAUCUCUGGACUGUUACCGUCACCAUGGAAACGUCUGUCACCGUAGAGACGGAACUCUGAGCCCACCACAGACCCGGGUUGGAGGUUGAUGACGUGGUGGAGAUCCUCUCCACAUUAGAUACAACUGUUUAACAAUAACUGCAGAAAUGUGCUUGACUUUAAUAAACUGGUGUUAAAUAAAGCAGCAUGUUUUUAUUGGCUCCC